AGCUACAAAGAAAAUGGGGAAAAAGACUGGUCCAAUGCAUUUAGCAUUAAUUGUGAUAACGUUGAUUUUAUUCUUUGUCUCAAACAUGUAUGUUUGUUGGGGAGAAUGGGAGGGCACAUGGAGCACCAGAGCUGCUGAAGAAGCUGAGGCUGUGGCAGCCAUACCAUGUUCAGGACAUGGAAGAGCCUUCUUAGAUGGCCUCAUUCUUAAUGGACAUGAACCUGUUUGUGAAUGCAAUUCAUGCUAUACUGGUUCUAAUUGCUCCGUGUUCUUGACUGAUUGUGCCGCUGAUGCUGGAAGUGGCGAUCCACUAUUUUUAGAGCCAUUUUGGAUUAAACAUGCAGCAAGAAGUGCAAUUUUGGUAUCAGGGUGGCACAGAAUGAGCUACGUAUAUAGUGAUGGAUCAUACAUUUCAGAAUUAUUGGUGAAGUACAUCCGAAAAGUUCAUGAAAUUGUUGGGAAUGCAGUUACUGAAGGAAGAUAUAUCAUAUUUGGAAGUGGCUCAACUCAACUCCUCAAUGCUGCUGUUUAUGCUUUGUCUCCCAACUCUUCGGUGUCUCCGGCAAAAGUGGUAGCCACAGCCCCGUAUUACCCAGUUUAUAGAACACAAACACAGUUUUUCAAUUCAAGGGAUUUUGAAUAUAGAGGAGAUACAUCCUCAUGGAAGAACAUUUCGAAUGACAACAGUAGAUUUAUCGAGUUUGUGACUUCACCAAACAACCCAGAUGGAAAGUUGACAAGGAGAGUUCUUCGUGGUCCUAAUGUUAAGAGCAUUCAUGAUCAUGCCUAUUAUUGGCCACAUUUUACUGCUAUUCCGUCUCCAGCUGAUGAAGAUCUCAUGGUGUUUACAAUUUCCAAACUCACAGGCCAUGCUGGGAGUAGAUUUGGAUGGGCAAUAAUAAAGAAUGAGACAGUUUAUCAAAAGAUGUUGACAUAUUUGGAUUUGAACACCAUGGGAAUUUCUCGUGAAGCUCAACUAAGAGCUUUAAAACUUUUAGAUGUGGUUAUUGAAGGAGACGGAAGAGAAAUAUUUCAAUUUGCAUAUAGAACCAUGAGCGAUCGCUGGAGAAGAUUGAAACAAAUUCUAUCAAAAUCGAAACGUUUUUCUCUACAGAAAUUAUCGCCUCAGUACUGUACCUAUUUCAAGAGAACCAGAGAUCUGUCACCAGCAUACGCUUGGUUGAAAUGUGAGAGACAAGAAGACAAAAAUUGUUAUGAAAUUCUCAAAGCCGCUGAUAUCAUUGGCCGUCAAGGAAGUAUCUAUAGUGCUGAUAAUAAUUACGUGCGUCUCAGUCUCAUUAAAAGCCAAGAUGAUUUUGAGAUACUAAUAAAGAAGCUAAAAGAUCUUGUUGCCAAAGAAUGAGACCCAAAUAAAGUUUAAAACAGUGUCAUAUUUUAAAAAUAAUUACGUACAUAAUAAAACUUUCUGAAAUAUGUAAGGUUGUUGUUUUCAUGUAAUAAAUCACUGUUAAAUAUGUUGUUCUUAAUGUAAAUAACAUGAUACAUAAUUAAUAUGGCAUUGCUCAUUGUGAAACAAUAAAGCAUUACUCUACAAGGAUU